UUCACGAGAACGAAGAAUACCAUCGUCGGAUGGAUUUCCCGCAAAGGUCACAGCUCCCGCAACGCUAGGAAUCACCUCCGCGGCGCUAAGUUCGAAAUUGAUCGUCAGGGGAGCUCUUCGGCGGAUCACCAUGUCGGAUUCCGACUCCUCUCACAGCUCCGGUGAUCAGAAGACCUUUCGUCAGAUCACCAGAGAUCGUUUAUUGUAUGAAAUGCUUCGGUCCACCAGGGUAAAGGACUCCAAAUCAACAUGGAAGGUGCUCGUUAUGGAUAAGUUAACUGUCAAAAUUAUGUCAUAUUCUUGCAAGAUGGCAGAUAUGACAGAGGAAGGAGUUUCAUUGGUUGAAGAUCUUUACAAGAGAAGGCAGCCAAUGCCUUCAAUGGAUGCGAUAUACUUUAUUCAGCCAUCAAAAGAGAAUGUUGCCAUGUUUUUGUCUGACAUGUCUGGAAAACGCCCUUUAUAUAGAAAGGCAUAUGUUUUCUUUAGCUCACCUGUAUCUAAGGAUUUAGUAGCUCAUGUCAAGAAGGACUCAGUUGUCUUGCCUCGGAUUGGUGCAUUAAGUGAGAUGAAUUUGGAGUACUUUGCAAUUGAUAGUCAGGGUUUUAUUACUGACCAUGAGAACGCUUUGGAGGUACUCUUUGGGGAGAAUGCAGAUAGUUCUCACAAGUCCAAUUAUUGUGUCAAUACGAUGGCCAUCCGCAUUGCUACAGCUUUUGCUUCUCUCAGGGAAUUUCCUUAUGUGCAUUAUCGUGCUGCGAAAUCAUCUCUGGAUGCUUCCACUUUGACUACUGUGCGUGAUCUUGCCCCAACAAAGCUUGCUGCUGCAGUUUGGAAUUGCCUUGCCAAAUACAAAGCUACAAUUCCUGGUUUUCCACAGAAAGAAACAUGUAAGCUACUCAUUGUGGAUCGAUCAAUAGACCAGAUUGCUCCUGUCAUUCAUGAAUGGACAUAUGAUGCCAUGUGUCAUGAUUUGCUUAACUUGGAUGGCAACAAAUAUGUAUAUGAGGUUCCAGGCAACAAUGGAUCAGAACCUGAAAAGAAAGAGGUUCUGUUGGAGGAUCAUGAUCCGAUCUGGCUUGAGCUUCGACAUGCUCAUAUCGCGGAAGCUAGUGAAAAGUUACAUGAAAAGAUGACCAACUUCAUAACAAAAAAUAAAGCGGCCCAAAUUCAUCAUCACUCGAGAGAUGGAGGUGAGUUGUCAACUAGAGACUUACAGAAAAUGGUUCGAGCUUUGCCUCAGUACAGUGAGCAAAUUGAGAAGCUUUCCCUGCAUGUAGAGAUUGCAGGAAAGCUUAAUAGACUGAUCAGAGAUUUUGAACUUCGAGAACUUGGACAGCUGGAGCAAGAUCUUGUCUUUGGGGAUGCAGGGAGCAAGGAAGUGAUGAAUUUUCUGAAGACAAAGCAGGAUAUCAGUUCUGAGAAUAAAUUGCGUUUACUGAUGGUUUAUGCAGCAAUUUAUCCUGAAAAGUUGGCAGGUGAAAAAGUUGCAAAGAUGAUGCAGCUGGCCAGAUUAUCCCGUGAUGAAAUGGAUGCGGUGAAUAACAUGAGAUUCUUGGGAGUACCAGACACAAAGAAGACAUCAGGAGGGGUUUUCUCUCUUAAAUUUGAUGUUUAUAAGAAAAGGCAUGGUGCUAGGAAAGAACGAAAUGAUGAGGAAGAAACAUGGCAACUAUCACGGUUUUACCCCAUGAUAGAGGAGUUAAUUCAGAAGCUUACCAAAGAUGAAUUGCCAAAGCAUGAGUAUCCUUGCAUGAAUGACCCUGUUCCUACCAUCCAUGGAUUCGCACCGAGUUCAUCAUUUCGGACUGCUCAACCUCAGUCAGCUUAUUCCAUGAGGUCAAGACGAACUGCUGCUACUUGGGCUAGGCCUCGGAAUUCUGAUGAUGGGUAUUCUAGUGAUUCAGUACUGAGGCAUGCAUCAAGUGAUCUCAGGAAGAUGGGCCAGCGCAUUUUCGUCUUUAUUAUUGGUGGAGCCACUCGAUCUGAGUUGCGAGCAGUGCACAAGCUGUCAGUGAAACUAAAGAGGGAAAUUAUUCUUGGCUCAACUAGUAUUGAUGAUCCUUCCCAAUUUGUUACUAAGCUGAAGAACCUAAACUCGGACGAGCUUUCAUUGGAUGAUCUUCAGAUAUAACAACACAGUAUGUAUUUGCAUUCUCAUGUGCUCAUCCAGAGGUUCUCCUUAAAUUCGUUUAGCGGCUGAUGCAAUUGAUGCUCUGAGGCUAUUGUUAACCUUUCAUCAGAUUCAUUCACAGGAACUCUGAGCCCAUCCUAAAUACCUUUUGAGCUCAUUUACUUGCUUGGAGUUAUACUGCAAUUCUACUUUUGAUUGAAGAAAAUGAAGGCCGUUAUUCAACUGUAUAUAGCAUCUUUAGCAUAUGUGUAAUAUAAAUGCAUUAGAAAUAUUAUAGGUGAUAAUUAGCAAGGCAUUCUUCUUUGAGGUUUUUUCAGGCUAGUGUUCAAGUUGUAGCCCAAAUGAAACUUUAUGACCUCUUUUGGUUUUCUUCUGCAUUUUAUGGCUGUUGUACUAACAGAGUGUGUAUCAGAAAUUUGGGCAAAUCACAAUAAAAUCUAGUGUGCUGAUCAUCUCGCUUGAUAUUA